AUGGCUGCCCUCGUCAUGCUCUCUGUUACUGUCCUCCUCGGCCUCCUCCUGCCUUCCUCCAUGGCCAACAACGUUCUCUAUACCUACAAGGAUUUGCUCACCGUUGAAUCCCUCACCAACGAGAACUAUAAGUUUGAAAUGCAGUCCAACUGCAACCUGGUGCUGUCCGACAAUGACACCAACAGGAUCCUGUGGUCCUCCAACACCACCGACAAAGGCCAUAACUGCUUCGUCCGCUUGCAGGCCAACGGCGACCUCGUCAUCUUCAACGGGAAGAACGAGGUUGUUUAUUCGAGCAACACCGCCGGCAAGGAGGACAACGACAAGUACAUCCUCUUCCUGUAUCCCGACGGCCACAUCAUCAUCUACGAACCUAAAUGGACCCAACCCAACAACACCGACAAUUACACGAACAGGAAGAUCGCCAUGGUGACUAAGAAUUAG